UCUGUAGUAAGAUUUAAAAAAACACUUCCAAGGCAGGAUUGAAACAAGAGCAGUGUCAAGACACUCAGUUGCCUAGCAGAAGUGUGUCGUCCCAGGAAAUACUACCCCUCAAGAUUAAUGCUUGGAAAUCAGCAGAGGACCUGAUGUUAUUUUAUGAGGAUGAUCCAAAGCCAGUUUUGCCGACAAUUCCUACUUCCAUUAUCUCGUCAACUACAUGGUUGUCAGAAGGGCAAACAGAUGUCUGUAACCUCUGGGAUGCAGAUGCUGUGCCUGUUCCCUCAGAAGAAAGCCCAUCUCUGCAGACAAGUGUGAGUUUCGACAAGAAAUCAGACAGUACCAUUACAAAUACUGUAAUAGAAAACCCUCUGCAAAUGUCUCUAGAAAAGCAGCCAGCUGCAAAAAGUUUUGAAACAUUGACAACUUUACCAGCAUUUUGGCCAUCUAGCAAAGAAGAGUUCAUCAACCCUAAUUUGAGGAUAUCAAAGUCGGAUUCUACUUUCUAUAACCAGGGCUCUGUGGAGACACUCUCUGUCUCUCCCUCAUUCAAAACACUUGACCCAGUGAAACAGACUGUAAUCAUCAGUAAGGACCAUCAGAAACGAACAGAAUCCGGCCUGGUUCAGAUGGAGGAUGAAAACCUCAAGACCUUAUCCACAUGGGUUUCAACUGCCUCUAAGGGGGCAUCCUCCUUUUCUACUUUAUCCGUGUCAUCUCCUGAUUCAGCCUCUCCAAAGAAGUCUGUUCAUCUCUCACCCCCAAUUUUGGCCGGACCUUCCUUCUGGAGUUUGUCCCAUCAACAAUCUUCGCCUGCCUCUGUUAAAGAUAAGACAGCCAGGGUUCAUCACCCUUUUGCUCCUAGGGGCCCACUGUCCUCUGAUGAAGAGGAAAAUGACCACCUCAACCUACUGGAAAUUCUUCCAGACAACUCUGAUUCUGCCAAAAAGAAGACAAGUCCUAUUUCUAGCAGUAAUUGGGUAGCAUUUUCCACCCAAAAUGUAGACCAUUUCACCUCUAUGUCCUGUUCUAGUUUUCAGGCAACCAAAGACCUGCCUAGGGAGCCUGAAACAAAUGAUUCCACUAACGUUCUUCUAAGGGAGGUGAAAAAUGCAAUAGUUAAAUUACAUGAAGAUCUGAGCAUGGUGAUACAAGAACUUAAUGUCAUCAGUAACCAUCUGGUAAGCAUGAGUGGGAAUAGUCCCCAAAUAAACAAGUCUCUGCAGUCUCCCCAGUAUUCUGAGGGGUGCUCACAUCGAGUCUAACAAUCUCAAUAGCCAUUUUUUUGUAGAACUCAUGUGGUGUCACUUCCCAAGGACUAAGAAAUUAACCUUUUAUAGCUUCUCAUUACUAUGGCAAAAAUAGGUUGUUGGUUUGAUUCUUCCUUGUCAGGUUUAUUAAACAAGUAUAUUUCAAACCAAUAAAUUCAUUUGGGUGGUUUAUUUUUUACAGAGAGAAAGAAUCACCUUUGAUAAUAUUUUCAGAUUUAGAUAUUAGUUCAUUUGAAACUGAAGAGAAUUUCAUUCUUCCACGAUCUGUACUUUACCUCAAAAUACAUUGAGCACUAGUGAAAGUUGUGGUCAGACUUCAAACUGCAAAUGACUGUUCUAGAGCUUUUGGAUAAAUUGGUAGUAAGAAGCCCUUCAUUUUCCAUCUGUAUGGAGAUUCAUUGUUAACAAACCUUUGCCUUGAUUUAGAAGAACUGAGUCUGGAGUGUACAUUUCACAUGUUCUAAUGUCAAGUUUCAGGUUCUGCAAACCAAGGGCCAGAAAUCUUUCCCUUCUUGCAAAUGCCACCGUUGGUUGAGAGUUAAGUUGAGACAAGUAGGACAUGG